AUGUCUACUCCAGUUCAAUCUUUAUUGGCCGACCUCAAGGCAUCCACUGCUCAACUUGUAGGCAUCAUUGCUGGCGCUCAGCACAUCCCGGCCGGCUCAGUGGACAUCCAACUUGCUCUGACAAAGCAGGUCACCACUCUUUUGGCUGACAUCAUCCAGGCCCAUGAGAAAGGGGAAUACAUCCCUGGCAUUGUGGUGUCCUGCUCUAAGGAGCUGAUGAGGGUGCGUUCCAUGACUCCCCGGGCAUUGCCCAACUGGCACGGCAUUGGCCAUGAUGACCCCCGGGUGGCUAGACACGCCUGGCGCAAGCAAGUCCGUGCCUGGGAGGCGUUGGGUGACAAUUCCUGUGAUCUCCCUGUUGUUCCUAAUCCUUCCACUGGCCCACUGACUGUCAACCUUCUGUCUCCACCUGUCCCUUCCCCCACACCUGUUCCUUCCCCCGCCCCUGUCAUUCCCUCCCCUCCCGUUGUCGCCGGACCUUCCGGCAAGACGGGUACCGAGUUCCGGGACAAAGGAAAAGGUAAGGCCAUUUCUGUUGACCUGGAGCUGGAAGUCGGAGGGAGCAACAAGAGGAAGUCCCCGAUGAUUUCUGGACACUCCUCCCAACCUCCGAAGUCGGCGAUGAAGGGUCGCAAGCGUGUCAAGUCAACUCGACUCCCCAAGUCAAAGCCGUUUGUGGAGUCGGAAGAUGAUGAAGACCCAAUUGUUCAGCCGAUUUCGCGUAGAGUGCCGGAGGUCGUUCUUCCCCAGCUCUCCACCAUUGUUGUGAGGACGCCCCAGUUGCCUCGGUCACCUGGUUCCCCCAAGAAGCAAUCAUUUGGGCCUACUUCGCUGACUGCCGGCAGGCGUCCGGAGGUCAUGGAAUCUCCCGUCAGUCGUCCGGAGGCUCGGGCAACCUCCAGCAGUCGUCCGGAAGUUGAGGAGUCCUCUGAUGAUACUUCCAGCGCUUUGGAUGGUGACCCCCUGGCCAAUACCACAUUUGAUAUCACCAUUCCCGGCCCGAUACCACAGAACAACCCCUGCCAUUAUUGUGUCAAGGAGGAUUGGCCCUGCGCGACCCGUUUUGACAAGAGGACCAACCUCCCCUGCUUGUCUUGCAUCCGCUGCUCCACCAAGAAGAUCAAAUGCAACCCAGCAUCUCUGGGAUCCCCGCCCAAACGGAUCCGAGGGAAGUCUACCACCGGCCGGACGCGUUCCAAGACAUCUGCCCCUGCUCCAUCCACUGCUCCGUCUCCCUCCCUGUCAAGGGCCCGAACUCGUAGUCAAUCUCGUGGCCCAUCCCGAACUCCGGCCAUCCCUGCUGCAACUACACCCCAGGUGCAGUCACGUGGUCACAGCAAGACCAUCACUACCAAGAAGACACCUGACCUGCACCUGCGCCAGCUCGUAACUGUUCGGUCUUUGAGCUUCGCAGUGCCUCGUGCAGCACUCGAUGUUCCCAUGCCAGAUCUCCAUUCCAUGGCAAUCGCGAUUCAGGAUGGUGCAGCUCGCAUCGCUAUUCUUGAGGCUCGGGUGCAGGAGCAGGAUGCUAAGAUUGAUACCCUGCAAUGCCUCCAUGAGAGCCUCCGGUGCACAGUGGUCGACCGGCACCCUUCAUUUUCACUUCUGGACACACCAGCUGAUGCAACAAUCUUGCUUGAUCAAUCUGGUCCCCACCCGUCCAUUUCACCCCUCCCCUCCGCACUUUCCAACCUCAUUGAUUUGGACAUAUCAGUGAUGCAACCCACACCCUUGACGGUUGAGGAUGGAUCUGCUAUGGUAGGUCUCAUGGUUGAGCCCACCCAAGUUCAGCCUGAGGGUCCACAAUCCUCCGGUGAAAUUGUGCUCCCGGAUGAACCAGGCAACCUCUUGCCAGAAUCCUCCGGCAAUAUUGUGGUCCCUAAUGAACCAGGUAACCUCCUGCCAGAAUAUGAUUCUUCUGAUGAGGAGUUGGAUGUUGAGGGGAAGGUUGAUCUUCCUGGUGAGGAGGUUGAAAUGGCUACAUAA